AUGGAUCGAGUUCGCAUCGCUAACGUUGACGGUGGGGAGGUUGAUGUUUGUUGGUUUGUCGGAAUAUUGUGCUGUGGCGGUGGGUACGGGGCCGCUGCAGCGGAUGUCGAGGCAAUGGAGGGGGAGGAUAAGGAGGAGGAGGAGGAGGAGGAGGAGGAGGAGGAGAAGGAAGAGGAAAAGGAGGAUGGUGGUAGUGGGGUCUCGCGAGUGCGGCCAAUGCUGAUUGUCGUCGGUAGGGGUGGACGAGGAGACAUCGGGUGGCGUCGUCGGGGUGCUGCAGUUGCUACGAAGACGUCCAUUAAGUCCGACUGA